AUGGGCAGUGGGUCCGUCUCCUGCCACUCUGAUCCCGCAGCUGGGGCCGUGUCCUUUGCUGCCAGACCUCUGCGCUGUCCUCUGCAGCAUGCGGUGGUCUCGCUGUCCCGCUGCCGCCUUCCCCGUGCCCCUCGAAAUGCCCUCUCCCCUUGGUUCUCCCUGAAAGCGGAGCGGGAGCCGCCGACUGUCAGCAUCAAUAAGGCUAUUAAUGCGCAGGAAGUGGCUGUCAAGGAGAAACACGCCAGAACAUGCAUCCUGGGCACGCACCACGAGAAGGGGGCUCAGACCUUCUGGUCGGUGGUGAACCGGCUACCGCUGUCAGGCAACGCGGUGCUCUGCUGGAAGUUCUGCCAUGUCUUCCACAAACUCCUCCGGGACGGCCACUCGAACGUCCUGAAAGACUCCGUGAGAUACAAGAAUGAGCUGAGUGACAUGAGCAGGAUGUGGGGCCAUCUGAGCGAGGGCUACGGACAGCUCUGCAGCAUCUACCUCAAACUGCUGAGAACCAAGAUGGAGUUUCACACCAAGAAUCCCCGCUUCCCUGGCAAUCUCCAGAUGUCCGACCGGCAGCUUGACGAGGCGGGGGAGAACGACGUCAAUAAUUUUUUCCAGCUGACGGUGGAGAUGUUUGACUACUUGGAGUGUGAGCUGAACCUCUUCCAGACGGUGUUCAGCUCCCUGGACAUGUCGCGCUCGGUGUCGGUGACGGCCGCGGGGCAGUGCCGCCUGGCCCCGCUCAUCCAGGUGAUCCUGGACUGCAGCCACCUCUACGACUACACCGUCAAGCUGCUCUUCAAGCUCCACUCCUGUCUGCCGGCGGACACGCUGCAGGGCCACCGGGAUCGCUUCCUGGAGCAGUUCAGAAAGCUGAAGGACCUCUUCUACCGUUCCAGCAACCUGCAGUACUUCAAGCGGCUGAUUCAGAUACCGCAGCUGCCAGAGAACCCUCCCAAUUUCCUGCGUGCCUCGGCACUGUCGGAGCACAUCAGCCCCGUGGUGGUCAUCCCUGCCGAGGCGUCCUCACCUGACAGCGAGCCCAUCACAGAUCUGGUGGAGAUGGACACGGCAUCACAGAGCCUGUUUGACAAUAAGUUUGACGACAUCUUCGGCAGCUCUUUCAGCAGCGACCCCUUCAACUUCAACAGCCAGAAUGGGAUGAACAAGGAUGACAAGGACCGGUUAAUCGAGCAGCUUUAUGGGGAGAUCGCAGCCCUGAAGGAGGACCUGGAGAACUUCAAGGCCGAGAGCGCACGGGGUGCCAUGCAGCUGCGCGGCCGCGCCAGCGAGCUGGAGGCAGAGCUGGCCGAGCAGCGGCACCUGAAGCAGCAGGCGCAGGAUGAGAGCGAGUUCCUGCGCGCGGAGCUGGAGGAGCUGAAGAAGCAGCGGGAGGACACCGAGAAGGCACAGAGGAGCCUGACGGAGAUCGAAAGGCGGGCGCAGGCCAACGAGCAGCGGUACAGCAAGCUGAAGGAGAAGUACAGCGAGCUGGUGCAGAACCACGCCGACCUGCUGAGGAAGAACGCAGAGGUGACCAAGCAGGUGACAGUGGCCAGGCAGGCCCAGGGGGACGUGGAGCGGGAGAAGAAGGAGCUGGAGGAUUCCUUCCAGCGGUCUCAGGAGCAGGCAGAGGUGCUGGACACGCUGAAGCGGGAGCUGGCCGCCAGCAGACAGGAGCUGCAGGUCCUGCAGAGCACCCUGGAGUCCAGCGUGCAGGCGGGAGCAGAGCAGAGCACCCGGAUUGCCGGCCUGGAGCAGGAGAGGGACAGCCUGAGCCAGGCAGCGGAGCGGCACGGGGAGGAGAUGGCCGCCCUGCAGGCUGAGCUGCAGCAGCUGCGGGACAUGCUCAGCCGUGAGCAGGAGAGCAGCAAGAUGGAGCUGGAGACAUUGCAGACCCAGCUGAGAGACAAGGUACCCCGGAGGCAUCUCGGCAUCCCCCUCCCUGCCAAGCUGCAGGUGUUCAGCAGAGCUGGAGACAAUGGUGGUCUGCUGGAGAUGUGCAAGCAGUGCGGCAGCGAGGCCGUGAACUACCUCAGUGCCCUGCAAGACCCAGGGACGGUGGAAGGCGCCGACUGCAGCCCGGUGACAACCUGCCUGGGCCGGAUUAGCGCCAUUGGGGAGGAGCUGCGGCCCAGAGGGCUGGACGUCAAGCAGGAGGAGCUGGGUGACCUGGUAGACAAGGAGAUGGCAGCAACAGCGGCGGCCAUCGAAACAGCAGCCGCCCGCAUUGAGGAGAUGCUGAGCAAGGCGCGGGCUGGUGACACUGGGGUCAAACUGGAAGUGAACGAGAGGAUCCUGGGCUCCUGCACGGGCCUCAUGCAGGCCAUCCACAUCCUGGUCCUGGCCUCCAAGGACCUCCAGAGAGAGAUCGUGGAGAGUGGACGGGGUGCGGCAUCCCCCAAGGAAUUUUACGCGAAGAAUUCCCGCUGGACCGAGGGUCUCAUCUCCGCUUCCAAGGCUGUGGGCUGGGGUGCCACCGUCAUGGUUGAUGCCGCCGACCUGGUGGUGCAAGGCAAGGGGACGUUCGAGGAGCUGAUGGUCUGUUCCCGGGAGAUCGCGGCCAGCACUGCCCAGCUGGUGGCAGCCUCCAAGGUGAAGGCAGACAAAGACAGCGCCAACCUUUGCAAGCUCCAGCAAGCCUCCCGGGGAGUCAACCAGGCCACCGCUGGCGUGGUGGCCUCCACCAAGGCCGGGAGGUCGCAGGUGGAGGAGAAAGAUAGCAUGGACUUCUCCAGCAUGACGCUCACCCAGAUCAAGCGUCAGGAGAUGGACUCGCAGGUGCGGGUGCUGGAGCUGGAAAACCAGCUGCAGAAGGAGCGGCAGAAGCUGGGGGAGUUGCGCAAGAAGCACUACGAGCUGGCAGGAGUGGCGGAGGGCUGGGAGGAGGAUGGUGAGUGGAUCCCAGCCCCGCUUCGGCUGGGAAACUGCACCAGGAAGGAGCGGUGUAGGCUGCGGAUUAACACCCUCAGCAGAAGCAGCCUGCAGGGGACACCCCCCGUGGCGGGCUGGGACCCAGCUCGGUGCAGCCUUUUGAGAAGAUCCACGAUAAACUGGUGCAAAAGCCACCCCGAAGCACACGUCCUCUGCGUCCCCCUUGCCAAGAGCCGCCUUCAGCGCCGCAGCACUGAGAGCCGCCGGGUGAGAGCCCGGGGCCGGGAGCGAGGCCUCGCCGGCCUGAUGCCAGCCACAAACCGCACGUGUAUUUAUUAG